AUGCUCUGCCCAUUAAUAGCCAGUGUAUUGGUGGCCUUUGUCUGUGUGCAAUUAGCUGAUUCUCUGGUCUGUUAUACCUGCGUUACGCCAAAGGAUUGCAAGAGUCCCAAGAAGGUAACCUGCACAAAUGCGGCUGCCAAUGAGACCAGCUAUUACCUGGGUGUCUAUCAUCAGGGAGUGGCUAACCUGACUAGCUCUAGAUUUGACUGCCUGGCCCUGCAGUACAAGUGGAAUAACGAUGUGAUCCAUCAGCUCCAUGGCUGUGUUCAUCCAAACGUUGGAGCCUGCAGUCUGAGCCUCAAGCCAGCUUAUGCCCAUUAUAAUAAGACCCUUUGUAAGAUCUGUUCCGGCGAUAAGUGCAACAAGAAUCCGGCUGGAAAGAUGAGCAGCAGCACCAUCACCAUUACGGCAAGCAUUCUGGGUCUCUUGCUGGUCAAGAUCUAUGCUUAGAGUGUGACUAUUUAUAGAGAUGAGUUAAGAACAUAGGACCGUAGCAUUUUGUAAUAAAUUAUUUUUGUCUUUAGUAA